GAGCCGCCUCCCGGCGGCGCAGUCCACCAGGGACAUCCCGGGGAUUGCUCCUCACCACCUCCCCUUCCCCGGGCGGCCUCGCGGUGGCCGCGUCCGGGGUGAGUACGCGGGGCCCGAGCUCCGCGGCUGCGCGCUCCGAGCGGUCAUCGCCGGGCUGCGGGCCUGAAACAAGAAGUUUUGCCCUUGAGCUUUCUUCUGUGUUAUCAGUUUUAUGGAGGACACUUAAGCUUAGAAGGGGGUUCUCUGGAUUAGAAGUGCCGGGCAAUGGCAGACAUCGCUUCUUAAGUUGUCAUCACGUUCUCAGUCGGACUGGCAAAGUAUAAUUCGAAACCUCUUCACUCCAGCUGAAGUAGAGAUACACACUACUCAUAAAAUAAGAGACAUGGGCUGCAACCCACCAUACCUGCUACCCUAUAGAUUACGAUUAUUGUUGAUUUUUACCCUGUGCCUGACUGUGGUUGGAUGGGCCACCAGCAACUACUUUGUGGGUCCUAUUCAAGUGAUUCCUAAGGCAAAGGUCUUCAUGGCUAGUUUCUACAAGGUCAUACCUUUGGGGAAGGAAGAAACUCUGGUCCAUGAUGCAAUCAUGGAAAAAAUAGAACUUGGUAACUGCCCUUCUGUGUCUCCAAACCUCAGAGGCCAGAGCAAGCUCAUUUUUGAGCCGGACCUCACUUUGGAGGAAGUACAGGCAAAAAACCCCAAAGUGUCUGGAGGCCGGUAUCACCCUGAGGGAUGUCAGGCUGUGCAGCGGGUUGCCGUCCUCAUUCCCCAUCGGAACAGAGAGAAGCACCUCAUAUAUCUGCUGGAGCACCUGCACCCCUUCCUGCAGAGGCAGCAGCUGGACUAUGGCAUUUACAUCAUCCACCAGACUGGAAGUAAAAAGUUUAAUCGAGCCAAGCUCCUGAAUGUGGGCUAUCUGGAAGCUCUCAAGGAGCAGAACUGGGAUUGCUUCAUAUUCCACGAUGUGGACCUGGUGCCAGAGAAUGACUUCAACCUUUACACAUGUGGUGAUCAGCCCAAGCACCUGGUGGUGGGCAGGAACAGCACUGGCUACAGGUUGCGCUACAAUAAAUAUUUCGGGGGUGUUACUGCCCUCAGCAGAGAACAGUUUUUCAAGGUGAAUGGAUUCUCUAACAACUACUGGGGAUGGGGAGGCGAAGACGAUGACCUCAGACUCAGGGUUGAGCUCCAUAAGAUGAAAAUCUCCCGGCCCAACCCUGAUGUGGGUAAAUACACAAUGAUCUUCCACACCAGAGACAAAGGCAACGAAGUAAAUGUGGACCGGAUGAAGCUGUUACACCAGAUGUCACGAGUCUGGAAAACAGAUGGCUUAUCAAGUUGUUCUUACAGAUUACUCUCUGUGGAGCACAAUCCUUUAUACAUCAACAUCACAGUGGAUUUCUGGACUGGUGUGUGACCUGGAUCUUUGGAUGAUGUUCAGAACUGAUGAUUUGAUUGUAAUAGUUUUGGCCUAGAGACUUCCAUAGUAGUACACAUUAUGAACUCAUUCCAGCUAAUUAUCGGGCCAAAUCUUUCCAUUUUCUGUUUUCUCAGCAGAGCUCUUGGUUAUGUAGAAUGUAGAACCAUCAUAGCAAGGCAGCUUUCUUAGUUGUUUUGAUCACGGUGGUGAAGCUUUGUAAAGCACAUACUUGAAGGACUAGCGAUCAAAGGAUGCAAUGGAGGCAGCUGGGGAACCUUGUCCCUGAAGGGUUGACUUCACCGUUCAUUAUGAGAUCAAAGAGCAGGGAAUAAAAUCCUCAAGUGUCUCCAAGAGCCAGAAUUGCUGGGCCUAAGAUAGAAAGGUACUAAGCUGUGUUUCUGUUACUCACGUAUCCUAUAUGGCCAUCGGGGAAGUGGUGGAUUCUGGAUGAGAAGAAAGCCAUAGAGGAGCGGAGCAGAGUCAAGAAUCCGAUACCACCAACUUGACAAUGAAGAGGUGGCUAAGGGUGGAGUGUGGCAUGAACUGGCCACAGUGGCUGUGCCAGCUGCUACCUCUAAUCCCCUGUGGUGGAUGCUUCCUCUUCAGAAACACCUUCCAGUCUGUUGCCACCCGACCUUGAAUGUACCCAGUCUCUUCAGAGAACACAUUCUCUCCUAGUUUUUAAAGCUUUUUUUUUUUAUAUAAAAUGAUUUUGUACAUGUAAGAUAUGAAUGAUUGGUUUAUAAGCUACACAAUGACUGAUAAUACAUCUAUAGAGUACCUCUGUAGUAAAAUAUGAAAAAGC